AUUAUGAUCAUGUAUCACAGCAGUUUCAAAUCUUUUACGAGUACGAACAGUGUGCCAAAUGAUCGCUAAAUAACAGCAGUUAAGACCGGAUGCGCUGCUUUCAAGGGCCCUCGAUAAUACGCGUAACAGUUAGCGGUCAUCACAAGAAUUUAUAUUUUCUUGUCUUUAUAAUCAAUAAAAAUAAAAUAUUACUCUGAAAACGUAAAAGUGACCAUUUGAUUGUGCAAGAAAACUUACCAUGAAGAAGCUGUAUCUGUGCAUUGCAUUAGAAUUAUGCGUGCUGGCCAUGUCGCAAAAAACUGCCUUGGAUAAAUCGAUUCUUAAUUACAUCUAUCGUGGAUAUCGUAAUUGGUUAACGCACUCUCACGGUACAAGAAGUGAGGAACGGAUAUCUCAAUUACGGAAAAAAAAUAAAUUUCAAGAUGAAGUUCCAAUAGACGUCUCUUUUCCUUGCAACGUAACAGCCGGCAGGUCUUCGAAUGUUCCCGAAUCGGUUCACCAUUUAAGACCAGGAGACAUAGAUGUCAUUGCUGCAAUGGGUGAUUCCUUGACAAUCGGCGCUGCAGUUACUUCGAUUUAUACGUUGGAACUGAACAUUGAAAAUAGAGGCAUAGUAGGCAGUAUCGGCGGUCAAGGAACUUGGCGACAGUACCUGACUCUCCCUAAUAUUCUUAAAGAAUUCAAUCCUAAAUUAGUAGGUUAUUCACUUGGCGACUCUGUAAGUAUUGAUCCUGCUGCGCAGUUAAACGUCGCCGAAAUGGGAGCUAUGUCUAGAGAUAUAACUUUCAUGGCGACAUAUUUGGUCAAUAAAAUAAAAGAAGACCCGAGGAUAGAUAUCAACAAACAUUGGAAGUUGAUUUCGUUGAUGAUUGGAAGCAAUGAUUUUUGCGUUAAUAUGUGUACAACUUCUUCUCCAUGGACUAUGUUAAAUGAUCACAAAACAGAUUUAAUUAAUACUCUUAGAAUAUUAAGAGACAAUUUACCAAGAACUUUUGUUGCUCUUAUACCACCACCUCACUUAAAGGAACUGAUUACUGCACACCAUGGAAGAGAAUCAUUGCCGUGCUAUGUGUCAUCCAUGAUUCUAUGUUCGUGUAUGUUUGCUUUACAAUUUAGAGAUCAAAGACCGGAAUAUUAUAAAAUAAUAGAGAGGUGGCAAAAUAUUGACGAAGAAGUCGCUAAUUAUCCAGAAUUUCAUAGAAAUGACUUCACUGUAGAAUUUUUACCGACUCUGAAAGAAGCAAAAAUACCACUUGCCGAGGAUGGAUUUACCGAUCUCUCAUACCUUAAUGCUGAUUGCUUUCAUUGGAGUCAAAAACUACAUGCACUGUAUGCGAAUAAUCUGUGGAACAAUUUGUUGGAACCAGUUGGUAACAAGAGUAGGAAUCUCACUUCGUUAUUUAAAAAAUUUCUGUGUCCUACUUCGGAAAGACCGUUCUUGAUGACGUAUAAAAAUUCACAGAACAACGAAACUUAAGGAUGGUUAUAGAAAUUAAAAACAGUUUCUUAAAAUGAACAUUAGUUCGAAAGCAAAUAAUCCGAAUAUUCCGAUGUAACUCUUCUUGCACAAUGGAAAUGAUAUCAUCAAUUAGAAAUUUUACAACUUGUAGAGUACAAAUCGCCAAUACUAAUAGGUAUAUUUUAUUAAAAUACUAGCAAAUUUGAUAACAAAAUAAUUGAAAUUUUAUAAAAGUGUUUUAUAAAAGUUAAAAAAGUUACAAUCUGAACGAAUGAAUUCAAAAUUAUAGAACCC